UGCAAAAGUUAUUUGAUUGAUGAUGAUCAAAAGAGGGCGCUCUUCACAAUUAAUGGGACGGGCCCGAUUUUCUGAGAACGUGCAGUGCAAGAUGGCUGCCCUACCGUCAGCAACACAGGUUGCCGGUAACAACCAGGCUACCUAUGAAUCUAUCUUCAGACAGGUUGAUAAGACAGGCAUUGGCAAGAUCGGGGCCGUAGAUGCGGCAUCUUUUCUGAAGAGGUCCGGCCUGAGAGAGACACUACUGCAUAAGAUAUGGGAGCUGUCUGACCCGCAGGGGAAAGGACACCUAGACAAACAGGGUUUCUUUGUGGCCCUGAAGUUGAUCGCUUUGGCGCAGAGUGGACGCGACAUCGUAGUAUCGAACCUUACCUUGCCAGCACCGAUCCCUAACAUGCAAGGAUCUGGUGCCCAGAACUCCCCUUCCAUAACUCCGCCCAUCAGUGGAGGGUCACCAGACCAUGCGUGGUGUGUCACACCGGAGGAGAAAUUAAAGUACGAUGCCAUCUUUGAUGGACUGAAUCCCAUCGAGCAGAGAUUGUCGGGCGACAAAGUCAAGACUGUCUUCAUGAACUCUAACCUUCCUGUUGAUGUACUUAGUAGGAUUUGGGACCUCAGUGACAUUGACAAAGACGGUUUACUAGACAGGGAUGAAUUUGCAGUGGCAAUGCAUUUGGUGUACCGAGCCUUGGAGAAGGAACCCACCCCCAUGACCCUCCCACCCCAACUCAUCCCCCCGCCCAAGCGCAAGAAACCCCCCAUGGCGGGGGCCGUCGCCGUCAUGCCUGCCGCCAUGUCCACCAAGAGGGCGACACCACCGAUUCCUUCCGAUGGGUCGCCGAGAGGAUCUCCAGUACUAGCCACUAAACAGGAGCAGAGCACGUGGGUCGUAACGUCGGAAGAAAAAGCCACGUGGGAUCAGACAUUCAGCCUGAUAGACACCGACAAAGACGGACUGGUCGGAGGCGAAGAGAUCAGACCGCUACUACUACAGUCAGGACUACCCCAGAAUAUACUGGCACAGAUAUGGAAUCUGUGCGACACCAAGCAGACAGGCCAGCUCAACGCCGAGCAGUUUGCCCUGGUCAUGUACCUGGUCAACCAAGCCAAAGCAGGGACCAACCCACCCCAGGCACUGACGCCAGAGAUGGUACCGCCGACGCUAAGACCUAAGCCGGGCAAGGCAGGCAUCGGUGGAUUACAAGAUCUAGCAGCCGGCCUAGGCUCCCAAGGGGACUUCUCAGCCAUCAAGGAGCUGGACGCCAUCAGCAAAGAGAUUGAGAAUCUCAGCAAAGAGAAGAGCCAACUGCAGAUUGACAUCCGGACGAAAGAGGAGCACGUCAAGAUGAAGACGCUAGAAGUACAGGGCCUUCAGAGCGAGUUGGACAAGUCCAUGACCCAGUGCCGGCAGCUGGAGACGCAGAAGGCCGAGGCCCAGAAGAGAUUAGACGAGCUGGAUCAGCAGCGGACUAAGCUGGAGGGAUUACUGUCGGAGGUCAAGCAGCAGUGCACGGACACCCAGCAGGACGUGGAUAAUCUCCAGAAUCGGAUAUCCUCCCAGGAGACCAGCAUAAAGGCUCAGGAGGAAGAGCUGAAGACUGCCCGGGGAGAGCUCAACAACCUGAGACAAGAGGAGGUCAAGCUGGAGCAACAGCUGGAGUCUGGCAAGACCCAGCUAGACAUGGUCAAGGAGUCCACUAAGGGAGUGGAGCAAGAUUUUCAACAGCUUCAAGCCAAACUGAAGAGCCUCGUAGAAAGCAAGAACCAUUUGAACAGCCAGAUCCAGCAGUUGGACCAGACGACGCUGAUGCCGCCCGGUAUCCCUCACGCUAACAACAACCAGGGUACUAUCCAGGGGAUCGAGGAACUGGGCCCCCUCAGUAGAAUAUCCUCCAUCGAUACUGAUCUCCUCAGCACCAGAGCAACGGCGGGCAAUAGCCCAGUCAGUAGUGUUAGUGGCUUUAGCAUGACGUCCGAGAGCAGACAGACCGAGGACGACUUCAAGGAUGAUCCAUUCAAAGGCCGAGACCCAUUUGCUUCCGACCCCUUCCAAUCGUCAGAUCCGUUCACAGAAGAUCCCUUCAAAAACGAAGGCUUCUCAUCCGACCCUUUUGGUGCUGACCCCUUCAAGAAUUCAACGAGCUCGGACCCCUUCCCAAGCAGCACAAGCUCGGACCCCUUCCCGAGCACCACCGCCGACCCAUUCAACUCCAAGACGACCCCUGACCCGUUCAAGGACAUGAACUCUGACCCCUUCAAGGGCGGCGACCCCUUUGGGGCCAAAGCUGACGAUCCAUUCGCUUCUGCCUCUUCGUCGGCCGGGACUGAUGAUCCAUUUAAGAGUAACGAUCCUUUUAAGGCGGGAGGCACGACCACAACUUCCACGACGGACGCAUUUGGGUCUAUUGAUCCCUUCGGCGGAGAUGCCUUCAAACCAGAUGCAUUCAUGAAGAACUCUGGAGCAGACACAUUCGGCAGCGACCCCUUCAACCCUAAAGAGGAAACCCCGGCCCUGCCUCCCAAGAAGAGCAAAACCAGCACCUCCAAAUCCUCCACUGUCCCCGCCACAGCCAGUACUACGUCCACUUCCACGGCCGGCUCCACCGACGCGGCGUUCGCGGCAUUCGGCAGUGAGUCGGGCGCCGACCCGUUUGCCUCGAUGACGUCGCCGGCUGACCCCUUUGGUGGGGAUCCCUUUGCGUCGUCGUCGAGCACCACGACGAAGGAGGGGGGCGCGGCAGCGGACCCUUUCGCCAGCUUUGCCGACUUUGGCUCAGUUAAGUUUGAAGUCGGCGACGAUGCCUGGCCGCAGCAAGAUGGCGCCAAACAGGAGGAGACUAAAGCAACGCAACCAGACCAAGACAAGAACCAAUCAGACGGCGUGACGGUCAAAAACGACGCCGGGGCAUCGGAUGCAUAGCACACCCACGGACCACAAAACGUUUUAUCCUUGCGCCACCACAAGAGGGCGCCAAAGUGCAUUUUCCACCAACACCGAGGCUAAUGUCAUGAAGCUUCUAUUUAAUCGUGAAUAUCCGCAAAGCACAGAA